AUGGAUUUCAUUCAAGUGAAGCUACAACGUUGGUUUUAUGAAAGAAGAAAUAAAGCAGAAGGAACAUUUUAUGAUGUUUCUUGUUGGGUAGAGGAGGAAUUGAAGAAAAGAAUAGAUUUAGCAUUUACUUUGAAUGUCUUCCCUGUUGAUUCAUGGCGUUCUAGAGUUGAAGAAGAAGGAAUAACUUUCUUGGUGGACUUAAACAAAAGAACAUGUGAUUGUUUUCAGUUUCAAUUUGAUGAAUUACCAUGCAUACAUGCAAUUGCAGCUAUCGAGAAGAGAAACAUCAAGAAGUCCAACUUUUGUUCGCACUGGUACUUAAAAGAAUCUUGGCUGAAAACAUAUGAAAGACAAAUACAUCCUGUAGGACAUACUGAUUCUUGGAUUGUACCAGAGAGUGUUAAGUCACAAAUUGUUAAACCUCCAGAUUUCAAAGUGCCACCAGGUAGAAGGCAAAAGAAAAGGCAUAUUCCUGCUACCGAGUCAUCAAAAAUAACAUUCAAAUGUGGUCGUUGCAGAAGAAUUGGUCAUAAUAGAACAGCUUGUAUAUAUUCUCCGGCUCUCCAUCCAUUUUCAAGAAAGCAUAGAGAAGAGUAG